GAUCUUUUCUCUUCUUUUUAUCUGUUAUCGUUGUAUGCGACACUUUUUAAAUCAACGCUUUUUGACAAAUAAUCAACACGACUCUCAAUGGAACUUGAAUCAUUUGUGUGAUCAUCUCUUUGAUUCAAUACCUAACAUAAAGAUUGAUAGUCCUAUUGAUGAACCACUCACGAGAACAACUGACAUUACACACUCAUAUUCUACAAGUCCAUCACUCACACCUGCCUCAUCUUUUUCUACUGAUGAUAAUACAUUCAUUGAAUCCCAUCAAGAACAGCUUGAUAAUAAUAGCAACUAUUCAUUAAAUUCAUGCGGUGACACUAUAAAAUACCAUUUUAGUCAAUUCCACAUCACAAAACUCAUUGGCACUGGUCAUUUUGCCCAAGUGUAUCUGGCGCAAAAUACAAUAAAUCAAGUAUGGUACGCUAUUAAGGCUAUCAACAAAAAGAAACUUGCUACCAAACAGCAAAUAAAACAUGUUCACGACGAAAAGGACGUCCUCUAUUCGGCUAACCACCCUUUUUUGGUAAAACUCUGGGGCACCUUCCAAACUGAUAGUCAUGUCUUCUUUGUCACAGAUUACGUACCUGGGGGUGAACUUUUUAGGCUUAUCCGAAAGAAGAAGGGAUUAACUGAGCAAGAAGCAAAGUUUUAUGCUGCAGAAACUGUCUUGGCCCUAGAAUAUCUCCACAAUAGAGACAUUGCUUAUAGAGAUUUGAAACCGGAAAAUAUAUUGCUAGAUAGUCAUGGUCACAUCAAGUUGAUUGAUUUUGGGUUGGCCAAACGGGUCUCAGAUGUCACAUAUACCCUUUGUGGAACUCCCGAUUAUCUUGCUCCAGAAGUAAUACGUGCGCGUGGAUACACCAAAGAGGUAGAUUGGUGGUCACUUGGAGUCCUAAUAUAUGAAAUGAUCGUUGGUCAUGCUCCCUUCACAUCUAAAAACCCCAUUGAGCUCUAUGAAAAUAUCCUAUUAUGCAGCAUCCAAUGGCCAUCCGACAUUAGCUCUGAAGCCAAGGAUCUUAUACAAGGAUUAUUGAAAGUAAAGCCUGCUGAUAGAUACAACCUACAAGAAAUUAAGGCUCAUCCUUGGUUUGCUGAUAUAGACUUUGAGCAAUUAUCAAGUUGCAAUGUAGACACCCCUAAUAUUCCAGAUUUACAAGAUAACGAUGAUACAUCAAGAGAUAAUCAAGACAUAGAGCCACUCUAUAUUUCUGAUCAAUAUGCUCAUGAUGACACGUUUGCCUCCUUUUAAUGCAUGCAGCACACGCUGAUUCUUUAUCUAUUUAUAUUUAUAUUUUUUGCAUCUCUCUCAUACACAGCAUUUAUUUAUAUAUAUAUUUAUAUAUUCUUUCGGAUAUAUCAUCAUUUCUGUAAAAUACAUCCUCCAAAUAAACUAUAUAUACACA